AUGGGGGGGCAAACAGGGGUCAGCCCCACUCUGUUCACUCGCAGGAGAGGAGGCCUUAUCGAGCAGAGGGACAUCAUUAAAGCUCAUCAGGCUCACAAGAUACAGAGCACACCACAGGCACGACGCAAAGAAUGGGAAAUGGCUCGUUUCGGAGAUGCGGUACCGCCGGGCCACGGGGUGCUGGAUGGCGGAUCGGAGCGCAGCCGGACCCGCGAGCCCCCUUCAUCCUCCACCGGUGGAGUGUCUCCGGUGUUCAAGCAGACCAAAGCGCAGCGCGCGCGCACCAUGGCCCUGUACAACCCCAUCCCGGUCCGACAGAACUGCUUCACCCAGAACCGGUCCCUCUUCAUCUUCAGCGAGGACAACGUGGUGCGCAAGUACGCCAAAAGGAUCAUAGAGUGGCCGCCGUUCGAGUACAUGAUCUUAGCCACCAUCAUCGCUAACUGCAUUGUUUUGGCUCUGGAGCAGCAUUUACCUGGAGAGGACAAGACACCAAUGUCAAAGCGACUGGAGAAGACCGAGCCGUACUUCAUCGGGAUGUUCUGUUUCGAGGCGGGGAUAAAGAUCGUGGCUCUGGGAUUUGUUUUCCAUAAAGGGUCAUACCUGAGAAACGGCUGGAACGUCAUGGACUUCAUCGUGGUUCUCAGUGGAAUCCUGGCCACAGCAGAAGCUCAUAUGAACAUCCCGGUUGAUUUGAGGACGUUACGAGCGGUUCGGGUUCUGCGGCCCCUCAAACUGGUGUCAGGAAUCCCAAGUCUUCAGAUCGUCUUGAAGUCCAUUAUGAAGGCUAUGGUUCCUCUGCUGCAGAUUGGCUUGCUGUUAUUUUUUGCUAUUUUGAUGUUCGCCAUCAUCGGCCUCGAGUUCUACAGCGGCCGCCUUCACAAGACUUGCAUCCCUGAUCCAGAUAUAAAGGAGAAUGAGAUAUUUCCGAAUUGGGAAGUGGAGUUUCCGUGUGGAGAACGCUCGUGUCCUUUAAAAUACAGCUGUAACGGAUCAUGGAUCGGACCGAAUGACGGAAUCACGCAGUUUGACAACAUCCUGUUCGCUGUUCUCACCGUGUUCCAGUGUAUCACCAUGGAGGGCUGGACCACUGUCCUGUACAAUGCUAAUGAUGCAUUAGGACCCACAUGGAACUGGCUAUACUUCAUCCCUCUCAUAAUCAUCGGCUCCUUCUUUGUGCUCAACCUGGUGCUAGGAGUUCUGUCCGGAGAGUUUGCUAAGGAGAGAGAGCGUGUGGAGAACCGAAGAGCUUUUAUGAAGCUCAGACGUCAGCAGCAGAUCGAGAGAGAACUAAAUGGAUAUCGAGCUUGGAUUGAUCGAGCAGAGGAAGUGAUGCUGGCAGAGGAGAAUAAGAACUCUGGUCCUUCAGCUCUGGAUGUGUUAAAGAGAGCCACCACCAUUAAGAGAAGGGGAGUGGACACCAUCUGUCAUGGUCCUGAAGAACAGUGUGUGGAUAUUGUGUCUGUUGGUGGACCGAUAAACAGGGCGAGUAUCCGGAGUGUGAAGCGAGGGCCCACAGCCUAUUUCAAGAGGAAAGAGAGGAUGUUGCGUAUCUCAGUCCGCCGUAUGGUCAAGACACACACUUUCUACUGGACCGUGCUGGGCCUCGUGGCUUUAAACACCAUCUGUGUGGCCAUCGUUCAUCACAACCAGCCCGAGUGGCUCUCCAACUUACUCUUCUUUGCAGAGUUUCUGUUCCUGGGUCUGUUCCUGAUGGAGAUGUUCCUGAAGAUGUACGGUCUCGGCCCUCGACUUUACUUCCACUCCUCCUUCAACUGCUUCGACUUUGGAGUUAUUGUUGGCAGUAUCUUUGAGGUGAUCUGGAGUUUCUUCAGACCUGGGAUGAGUUUUGGGAUCAGCGUGUUGCGUGCGCUCCGACUGCUGAGAAUCUUCAAAAUUACCAAGUACUGGGCAUCCCUGAGGAACCUGGUGGUGUCAUUGAUGAACUCAAUGAAGUCCAUUAUCAGUUUAUUGUUCCUCCUCUUCCUCUUCAUCGUAGUGUUUGCUCUGCUGGGUAUGCAGUUGUUCGGGGGGAGGUUCAUCUUUGAAGAAUUCACUCCUACUAACUUUGAUACUUUUCCAGCUGCCAUCAUGACCGUGUUUCAGAUACUUACAGGAGAGGACUGGAAUGAAGUGAUGUACAAUGGGAUUCGCUCUCAGGGUGGAGUAAAGUCGGGAAUGUGGUCUUCUAUUUACUUCAUUGUCCUCACUUUGUUUGGAAACUACACGCUACUGAACGUCUUCUUGGCUAUCGCUGUAGACAAUCUGGCCAAUGCUCAAGAGCUCACCAAGGAUGAAGAGGAGGAAGAGGCAGCGUUUAAUCAGAAACAUGCUCUGCAGAAAGCGAAAGAGGUCGGCCCCAUGUCCUCCUUCAUCUCCUCAGAGAGGAGAAGACGGCCGUAUCUGUACAGGAAGCGCGUGCUGAUCCACCGCGGCCGCACGGCUUUCUCUCUGGAGGAGUCGGACAGUUUCAGUGACGCUCCUCCACUCAAUUCCUCUCGCUCUUUCAUGUCCAGGAGAGAAAGACGCAGGCGUCUGACCAUGUCCGUGUGGGAGCAAAGGACCAGCCAGCUCCGCCGCCAUCGCCAAACGUCUAGCCGGGAAAUCCUCUACGGCUCGUCGAUGUGCCACCACCGGACACAAGAACACUCCUCCGAGAACCCUCACUCACUGGAGAUCAGUUCCGCUCUUGACCCUUUGGAGUCUCUCGAGCCAUCCAUGGAGGAGCAGAACGUCUCUGUCGCGCUGCCGGAUCCUCCGGAACCGCAAAACUCACCAGACACCAAAGAUUCCUACCCAAAUACCACACAGACCCGGAUCAGCACUACUCUGGAGCUUCUGGAUCCUCUGGAAGCGGCGAAGGAAGAGCAGAACAUUGAAAAUGCCCAGGUACCCUCCGAGGAAUUUCAGGAUAAAAACCACUUGAGCGUCCGGAGGCCGAACGGGGAGCGGCGACAACGAGGGACGCGUAAAAACAGCAAACAUGGCAAACCCAGGAACUCGGAAACACACCAUAAACGACACGAUGAGACGAACGCAGGCGAACGCAGCCGCUCAACUAGCCGGGAACGGAGGACGAGAAAUGAAGAAGAGGAAGAGGAGGAGAAGAAAAGCAUCAACGAUGGAGGUGUCAGUAAAGAGGAAAAGACCACUGAGGAUCGAGAUCUGGCCAUGAACUCCGAGCCGGCCACACUCCAAAUCACAGACAGCACAACACUGGUGUCUGCAGUCACUUGCAAGGCCACUACUGAGGGAGAAAACAACAACAACCAAGACAAAACAUCUCUCAGCACAAAUGUGGUGAUUGAAGACACGGACACCACAGUGGGAUUGGAGCUCUCCACUAUUACAACAAAAAAUAAAGAUCUGGAGGCAUCAAAAUCGGAGAAGGACGACGAGGAAGCAGCAAAUCGUUCAAGAACUCCCCCAGACAGCAUGUAUUUUAAACCACACAAUCCGAUUCGCAGGGCGUGCCAUUAUGUGGUCAAUCUGCGUUAUUUUGAAAUGUGUAUCCUGUUGGUCAUCGCUGCGAGCAGUAUCGCUCUGGCGGCUGAAGAUCCAGUGGCUACAAACUCAGGAUGGAAUAAAGUGUUGCGCUACUUUGAUUACGUGUUCACUGGAGUUUUUACAUUUGAAAUGAUAAUUAAGAUGAUCGAGCAGGGCCUAAUCCUUCAUGAUGGCUCUUAUUUUCGUGAUCUGUGGAACAUUCUGGAUUUUAUUGUGGUUGUAGGAGCACUGGUGGCAUUUGCUCUGACGAAUGUACUGGGGAAUAAUAAAGGAAGAGACAUUAAAACCAUCAAGUCCCUGCGAGUGCUGCGAGUGCUUCGGCCACUGAAGACCAUAAAAAGACUUCCUAAACUAAAGGCGGUGUUUGAUUGCGUGGUGACAUCUCUGAAGAACGUCUUUAACAUCCUCAUCGUCUAUAAACUCUUCAUGUUUAUCUUCGCCGUCAUCGCUGUGCAGCUCUUUAAGGGAAAGUUCUUCUAUUGCACUGACGGGUCCAAGGACACGGAGAAGGACUGUCAGGGUUAUUACAUCGACUACAACAAAGAUAAGAAGGAGGUGAAGAAACGUGAGUGGAAAAGGCACGAUUUUCACUACGAUAACGUGAUCUGGGCGUUACUCACACUCUUCACCGUCUCUACAGGAGAAGGCUGGCCUCAAGUUCUACAGCACUCAGUGGACGUGACAGAUGAGGAUCAGGGUCCGAGUCGGGGGAAUCGGAUGGAGAUGUCCAUCUUCUACGUCAUUUAUUUUGUGGUUUUUCCGUUUUUCUUUGUCAACAUCUUUGUGGCUCUGAUCAUCAUCACCUUCCAGGAGCAAGGAGACAAGAUGAUGGAGGAGUGCAGCCUGGAGAAGAACGAGAGGGCAUGUAUCGACUUCGCCAUCAGUGCUAAGCCACUAACGCGCUACAUGCCACAGAACCGCCACACGUUCCAGUAUCGACUGUGGCACUUCGUGGUUUCGCCUUCGUUUGAGUACACGGUGCUGACCAUGAUCACACUCAACACCAUCGUUCUCAUGAUGAAGUAUUAUUCAGCUCCUCCUGUAUAUGACGCUGUGCUGAAACACCUCAACACUGCAUUCACCGUGCUCUUCUCUGUCGAGUGUGUUCUCAAGAUCUUGGCGUUUGGUUUUGUGAAUUAUUUCAGAGACACGUGGAAUAUAUUUGAUUUCAUUACCGUCUUGGGAAGUAUCACAGAAAUUGUGGUUGACCAACAGUCUGCUUCCUUUAACAUGAGCUUCCUAAAGUUGUUUCGAGCAGCUCGGCUCAUAAAGCUGCUCAGACAGGGAUACACCAUCCGCAUCCUCCUCUGGACAUUCGUCCAGUCCUUCAAGGCUCUACCAUACGUGUGUUUACUCAUCGCCAUGCUUUUCUUCAUCUACGCCAUAAUAGGCAUGCAGGUUUUCGGAAACAUCAAGCUGAACGGAGAAACUCACAUCAACCAACACAACAACUUCAAAACUUUCUUUGGUGCCUUGAUGUUACUCUUUAGGAGUGCGACAGGCGAGUCGUGGCAAGAGAUUAUGUUGUCGUGUUUAGGAGGGCAGAAAUGUGAAGCCGACCUGUCCCUCAUCCCUCACUCCGAGCCUGAAGGAGGAUGCGGCACUGACUUUGCCUACUUCUACUUUGUCUCCUUUAUCUUCUUCAGCUCCUUUCUGAUGUUGAAUCUGUUUGUUGCAGUGAUUAUGGAUAAUUUUGAGUAUUUGACACGUGACUCCUCGAUUCUCGGUCCUCAUCACCUGGACGAGUUUGUGAGGAUGUGGGGACAAUAUGACAGAGCGGCCUGCGGCAGGAUUCACUAUAAGGACAUGUACAAAGUAGUGCGCACUAUAUCGCCCCCUCUGGGCUUCGGGAAGAAUUGCCCCUACAGGGUGGCAUGCAAGAGGCUGGUGCUGAUGAACAUGCCGGUGGACGCUGAGAUGACGGUUCAUUUCACCUCCACACUGAUGUCACUGAUCCGCACCGCCCUGGAAAUCAAGAUUGCAAGAGGGGGAGAAGACCGUGGACAGAUGGACAUUGAGCUUCAGAAGGAGAUCAGCGUGAUUUGGCCGCAUCUCUCUCAGAAGACUCUGGACCUGCUGGUGCCCAUUCAUAAAGCGAGCGACAUGACGAUCGGGAAAAUCUACGCCGCCAUGAUGAUCAUGGAUUAUUACAAACAGAGCAAAGCGAAAAAACUCAGACAGCAACUGGAGGAACAAAAACACGCCCCGAUGUUCCAGCGUAUGGAUGCCUCGUCGUUACCACAGGAAAUUUUGUGCAGCGCUAAAGCUCUGCCGUUCCUCACACACAGUGCAGGAAACGCUCUGACGAGAGGUGGUUUCGUGGCGUUGAGUCCCAUUUCUCCUCAGGAACUCUUCAUGCAGCCAAUCACACCACAGCCAGAGGAGGAGGAGUUCACACCCCACUACAGACCUCAACACUCCCCCAGCACGGGAGAGAACUCAGAGAACAAGCUGAUGAAGCGCUCGUUCUCCACCAUCGGUGAUCAGUGUGUGAAUGGCGUGUGGCAGGAGGAGUUCUCGCUGGAGAGAGUGAGUCCUGAGCGGCUGGAGAGACCGCGACAGCGCAGCUUCCGAGGUGUGAGGUCGAACCUCAGAGAACCGGUGUGUAAGGAGCGAGGACGCUCGAAGGAGAGAAAACACUUGCUGUCACCUGAUCCAUCACGUUGCAACUCCGAAGAGAGAACUCAAUCAAGAACACAUGACACACUACAGACACACACACGCUCACCCAGCGAGGGAAGAAUACACACACAGGGCGAUGCUUCAGAAAGUCCACUUCCUUCCUCCUCUUCAGACUCCAGGGGGCGUCGCCAGCUGCCUCCGACGCCCUCCAGGCCCCGCCCACACAUCUCCUAUUCGCCCUUGGUAUGCCGCAGUCACCUGACCCCCGAGGAAGGGCAAUCACGGACACACUCUGCCAUAGAGGGGGCGGGGUCGGUGUUAAGUCCCGCCUCCCCGCAGCGCUACACCUCAGAGCCAUAUCUGCCUCUGCAUGAUGACUCCAACAGUCCAGAGGAGAUGCUCACUUUUGAGGCUGCCAUAGCAACCAGUCGAGGGCGUGGCCAUGUUGUAAGCUCCGCCCCUCAGUUGCGUCACAGUUGGCAGAUGCCUAAUGGGCAUUUCCGGAAAGGCUGCGAGCUCCUCAGUGACACAGACGAGGAUGACCGUUGCUAAAGACAGUGCGGUGGAAGUGGGCGGAGCCUCCAUACAAGCCAAUCAUGUCUGGACAUUUCUGACUGGUGAUUUGUCUGGGACAUUUUAGAAAUGCACUGCCAAAACCGGCACGGACAUCACUCGUCUAAAUUGAAUGAAGUAACAAGCGUGGAGCUUUAGCUUCCUUAAAAUUAGCCAAUCGCUAACGCAAUCAUGUGACAUCUCAGGAGUUAAGCUAAUGACUGCUAACCUACUAGCAAACAUACGAUUACACAUGCAAUUAAACUGCUCAUGUAAUAUUAGCUAAGCUAGCUGUGUAAAUUUAAAAAGAAUAAUUACGAAUGAACAAAUCUAAUGAACAUGAUGUCACAAGAUCAGCAGCUACUGGCCAAUGAAAUGAAGCUUAAGCUCCACCCUCAAUGCCGUAGGGAAGUCUGUCAGUAACAGAACUGUAGGAAGAUAGAAAAGAAAGAGUAUAAAGAGAAAACACAGCGAUGGAGAAAGAAAGAAACGAACAGAACGGAUGAAAGAAAGAAACAAACAAUGAAACAAACAAAAGGUCAGACAAAAAAGAGAGUAAGA